GAGGCCAUCCGGCUUCUCUCCCAUCCAUCUUGCCUGCUGUCCAUCGCACCCAUCGCAUCGCAUCCCACCCUCCGUAAUUGCCUAUCCAAUGUCCCGAAUCACUCUCACCGAAGGUGUCGUCGGCGGCUUCGUCGCCCCCACCCCGCGCCGGCUCGUCAUCAUCGACCUCGAUGAAAGCGGCGGCGUCCAGAUCCAACAUCACAUCAAGACCGGCGGCAGCGGGCCCAAUGCCGAAUACAAGGUCCUCCAAAGCCCUCCCGAGAUCUCGGUCCUGGAGGUGACUAGCCUCACCAACAGCAUUGUCCAGAACUUCAGAGCUCUCCCUCGCGAAGAGCCCGUCGGCGGCGAAGAUAUUUACCAUUUGGAUACCCAAAUUGCGAUCGAAACCCCUGACUUUUCGUGGUGCAAUGUGGCCAACCAGGGCUGCAACAUCGUUCCCUCCAGCGUCAAGCCCACGGACUCUCAGAAGCAGCAAUUCAAGGCUGCGGCUGCCAGUCUCAUCAGCCUGGCCGAAAAGUACGCCACUGUCACUGCCGAUAUCUGAGCCGCCGAUAUGCCUGCUUUCCUGAAACGAUCGAUAGUCCGCAAUCGCUCCGAAGGUCCGAAUCCAAAACAAAAAAAAAGAAAAAAGUUGUGUUCGAUGGGCUCCAGCUGCGUGGGUGGAUUGUACUGGAAGAAAGUUGAUUAUUAAAGUCAAUCCAGAAAAAAAAA